AUGAGUCAAUCACAGACAAAGCGAACUUCUCGCAAAUCCUCAGCGCCAACCUCGGAUAUCCAAAUGGGUCUUGACGACAUCCCCUCAACAUUCAUAACCAUCUCUAUUGAUCCUACAAAGCUCGAUCCAGAGCAGAGCAACGCAGUAAGCGUAAGAGGUCAGACUAAACCGGACGAUAACUAUGAUCUUCAUCAUCUAAGGACCAAGGGUCCAGAGGUAUUUAUGAUGGAUUCCACUUGUUCUUUGGGAUUUGCCGAGAGGACAGAGAGAUGGAAGAGUCUGGUCGGUAAGAUUGCGACUUUGGAUAAAGUGAAUGAUUAUGAUUAUCCUAUCAGGAUUAUAGAUAGUACACAGAGAGAAGAAUUGGGUGAUAAGGGGUAUUAUGAGUUCUCGGCUUUCUUAUCCACGAAGGAUAACAAUUCAACAACUGGAGUUGGAUCGAGAUACGAGCAGGAAAGUAAAUAUAGGACUGAAUAUCGUGAACCACGUGAAGAAAUGCAGAAGGAGGAACAGAGAGGUAGACCAAGAGGCAGAGCACCAACUGUAGAUUUUUAG